AUGUCUGAACCAAAGAAUACAAAUGAACGUGUGGAGGUUUCCAGAAGUGUCAAGUAUAUGAGAUGGAGUGCCGUAGUGGUCACUGCACUUGUGGUGAUUGGAUACUCUGCUAUUCAUUGUCCACAUGUCGGUGGUGGUAAUGGCAACGCGUUAACAUCUUCAAAACAAGAAGGGAUAUAUAAUCGUAUCGAUGUCCAUAACCACAACAUUCACGAUUGCCAUCAAAUCCAUAGACUGGACGUUACUGAUGACGUAGCCCAAGCUUCCACAGAUAUUUUAAUGCUGUUGGAAGCCACAAGCAACAACAUUGAGUCCCUCAGUUCCAUGAAAGACCACCAUGAAUGGAUCAAAACCACGAUGGUGACUUCUAUGGUUGAUUCAAGAGUUGAGCUUUUACCUGAAGUUGAUAUUCAAAGAAGAGCUGAUAACUCGUCUUCUAUCGUGGUAGGUGAUACUUUCAGUACAAACUUUGCAAGUGCUGCUUUUUCCAACACUGGUGCAUUGUUAUCAUCAACAUCAUCCACUAUUUUCAAUUCACCCACAUCAUCCUCCUCAAAGACUAGUUCCUCUAGUUCUGCAACCCCUCAAGACGUCACAUCGUCAGAAACUUCAUCUUCCACUCAAGAGCCUUCACCUUCGCCAACCUCAUCUAGCACAUUCGCUCUGUCCACUUCUGAGACCGCGACCUCUUCUUCGUCUUCAUCUGACACUGCUACCAAGUCGGCCGGAUCUUCAAGUGCUGUUAUUUCUACGUUUGCCACUGUUGACAAUGGUAAAACCAUUGUCGUCACUCAAACCUCUUUUGUUUCUACAACUCCAACCUCUUCUUCAUCCAAGCAGGCUUCUGGUGGUUUGUCCAAUACCAAUAAGAUUGUUGUUGGUGUUGUUGUUGGUGUAGGAGGAAGUAUUAUUGUUGGUAUAAUUGCCGUUUUAUUCUACAUCAAGUCUAGAAAGAAGGAUGAAUAUCAAUCUGCUGGCUGGACUUUCUGGCGUAAAGGAGAGAAGGGCGGUGAUGAUGAUUUCCUUAAUGGUGAAUUGGGUGUUCGUGAUCGUAACAUCAACCAAGGGUCUAACUUUUAA